AUGAACUACAAUUGCUUCGGUUUUGUGGCCACCUGUUUGCCAGCCGAUGUCGGGCAGCCGAGAACAUUCAGUUUCUUAGAACUUCUACUCAAUAAAGACACGAGUAAAGUGCAGACAAUUGAAAAGUUGGCAUUGAGAGCAGUUGUCAAACAGGCGCUGAUCGAGAAGCAAGAACAGCUCGUGAAUCUUCUCAAAACAGGUAAGUUCAUCUCAUUUUUACAGUAAUCUUACAAUUGCCACGUUUUCCAGCCGCCCGCAUCGAGACGUUUGCCCCUCUAAUGCUAUGUGAUACUCCGGAAAUCCAACGUUUUUUCGUUGAGAAACUAGUGGCCAGGCACCAAACGAUUUCGUGUUUCUUCAAGCCGAAUAGUGUUCGACUGAUUAAUACGCGUGGCACAUGUUUCAUGGAGUUCAGAGUGAAGAGGGUGAAGGACGGAAUCCCGAUCGAUGAGACCCUCCGAAUGCUCGUAUUGAUCUUGCAGCGAGGGUGCAGUCUUCAGGCUGACGUAGACGGUGAGAAGGCUCCUGGGCUGGAUGUAUAAUAACACAAUUUCAUACUUUCAGGUGUCGUUCCCUACCUAAACGAGCUGCGGACACGAAUCGAAGGCCUACCAAAGACAGACGACAGCAUUCACUGCCUGAAAGUUCCCACCGGAACCCGGAAUCUUCUCUGGUCGAUAACUCGGAAUACCGCUCUCUUGUGA